GGGCAGCGGCGGGUCCGGGCGGUGCUGCCCGGCGCCGGGGAUGCACCCCAACGCCACGGCCCCGGCCGUGCCCUCCGGGCCGCUGCCCCCGCACCCCAGCGGCUAUGCCAACGCGUCCAACCGCUCCGACCUGCUCCCCAAAGUGCCCGACGAGGAGGACCUGGACGUCAACACCGACAUCUACUCCAAAGUGAUGGUGACCGUCAUCUACCUGGCUCUCUUCCUGGUGGGAACGGUGGGCAACUCCAUCACGGCGUACACGCUGGUGCGGAAGAAGUCGCUGCAGAACCUGCAGAGCACCGUGCAUUACCACCUGGCCAGCCUCGCCUUCUCCGACCUCCUCAUCUUCAUCCUCUGCAUGCCCAUCGAGCUCUACAACUUCAUCUGGGUCCAUCACCCCUGGGCUUUCGGGGGGGCCGUUUGCAAGGGCUACUACUUCCUCCGGGACGCCUGCACCUAUGCCACGGCGCUCAACAUCGCCAGCCUCAGCGUGGAGCGCUACAUGGCCAUCUGCCACCCCUUCAAAGCCAAGAGCAUCAUGUCCCGCAGCCGCACCAAGAAGUUCAUCAGCUGCAUCUGGAUCGCCUCCUUCCUGCUCGCCAUCCCCAUGAUCUUCACCAUGGGGCAGAUCUACGGCAAGGACCAGGAUCCCGACUCCCUCAUCUGCACGGCCAUCGUGGACACCUCCACGCUGAAGACGGUCAUCCAGGUCAACAGCUUCAUCUCCUUCGUGUUCCCCAUGGUGGUCAUUUCCGUGCUCAACACCAUCAUCGCCAACCAGCUGCUGGUGAUGUUCAAGCAGGCGGCCCAGGAGAACCAGGUGUGCACCAUUGGCGGGCAGCAGACCAUGCUCAGCAUGUCCAUGGAGCCCAGCAGAGUGCAAGCCCUCAAGCACGGCGUGAGGGUCCUGCGUGCUGUGGUGAUCGCCUUCGUGGUCUGCUGGCUCCCUUACCACAUACGGCGCCUGAUGUUCUGCUACGUCCCCUCCAGCCAGUGGACAGAUUUCCUUUACAACUUCUACCACUACUUCUACAUGCUGACAAAUGUCCUCUUCUACGUCAGCUCAGCAAUCAACCCCAUCCUCUACAACCUGGUGUCGGCAAACUUCCGCCAGAUCUUCCUCUCCACGCUCACCAUCCUGUGCCUGCCAUGGAGGAAGAAGAAGAAACGACUGGCCUUCACCAGGAAAUCCAACAGCAUCUCCAGCAACCACACAUUUUCCAGCCAGGUCACAAGGGAAACCACAUACUGAAGCCAAAGGAGGAGGAGGAACGCGAUUCAUCGUGGAGUCAAAACUUGAGAGAGGCCUCUGUGACUUUUCAUGCACGGUCUCCAAAUUCACGUAACACAAAUGUGUUUAGCAAAGUCAUUUUUGUUGGAAAAAAAUAGGCUUUGUUCUGCCAGUAACUUUGAGGUUAUUUUCGAGCAUUGGCCUUGCCUCUUGUGAGUAAUGUCUACGUGUAUUGUAACUUCAGUCUGGCAUAAAUCCAGAUGUGGUGUUAACUGGGAAGCCAAAAUGUGUUCAACUUAGGCAAAACCGUUCUGCAUUCCAUCCUUUUCUCAGUGCAGAGAUGCCGUGUUCACACCCAAGGGUUUGAGAUCACGUCUCCUGGUGGCACCGAGCAGAGGGGUUGAUCAGGAGAAAGAAGCUUUGACCAGAAAGGGAUGUUCUCGGAGAAUGGAUAUGCUCCUCUGUGGGAUGUUCAAUGAACGAGGAGUGAAAACUCAGGGAGCCAGGUGGUUAUUUCAGAAAUGUAUCUCCAUUGUGAGUAAUAUGACCGAGGUGCUCAAGAGAGCCGCUCUGGCUCCUUGAAAUUAAAUAAGAACAGAUGAUGCCUUACCUAGGCUGGGGUGGCUGUGGCAGUGGGGUCACCUUUGGCUUUAGGGCAUCCACAGUGCCUGGCUUUGGUACCACUGCAGAGAUAGCAGCAGAGCCUCUGGCAAAGUCAAGAAUGCAGAGGCUGUGCCCAGAUGGAGCGCUGAAAAUGAACAGAAAUGGAAAUUCUUCAUUUUGCCAUACAGCCACAUCCUAUUUUUCACUAGUGAGAACAGUUCGCUGGCUUGCAUUAAGAGAUGAGAAAACUCUGAGCUCAUGAGGGCUCCAGGCUGCUGAGAUCAGAGCAAUCUGCCCCAGUUCUGUGGGACCUUCAUAUUUUUCCCAUUCUUAUUCCAGUUUUACUUGUUUUCUCGCCAUUUCCACAAGGCUGACAUCUCAGUAUAUAGCAGUUGGAGGCAGCAAUCCUCUUGUUUUACCUUUUCAUUUACUUUUUGCUACCAGAACUGUUGGCACACUUAUCUGCACCCCCAGUAUUCUGAUAGUUCAGAUGCAGAGCAUAAGAAAGUCUAAACUGGGGAGUGUCUGCUCUAAACCCACUUCCUUUUAACAAGCCAGAGGAACAGAAACAAGACCUGAAAAUUCUCUUUGAAAUUUCCCAGCUGGUGAGGAGAGGUAGCAUGAGUUUUUCUCCCAUAUGGUUGCACCUCUAACGGCCCCUUAUAUGGUACAACAAAUUGCUCCAGAGUCUUUAAUACAGAAAUAACGGGGCUCUGGGACAAGCUAAAGGGCUUUCUCCCCAGAUGGUGACCUGCACAAACCUGGAACUGACCAGUCACCCUGUGCAGCCUUUGCUGGUGGUGACCUGGUGUCCCCUUUCACACCACACGUCACCAGGAGAGCAGGACUUGCCUCUGGAAGGUGACAAAGCAGAAGAGUCGGCUCAGUUUGGCUUUCUGGGCUUUGCCCAGCCCGUGUCACCCUUCAGCUAAUGAGCACCCGUAGUCCCUAAGUGGAGCCACAGUGCUGGAGGGGUGGAUUGGCCCAAGUGAGGGUCACCCAGUGAUGGAGACCAUCACUGAACCACUGGGGACAUCUGCUACAGAUGUUGCAUCACAGAAUCAUGCAAUAGGUCAAGUUGGAAGGGACUCACAGGGAUCAUUGAGUCUGACUCCCUGGACUUGUGGUUUGGGUCCUGUUGAGCUCAGCACAAAGAGGAAUCACCCACCUGGGGGCAUUUUCUGGGAGUUGUUGGUGAUGAGUGGCUGCUUUUGGGGCAUUUAUAACCCAAACCCAGCCCAUCAGCCACUCCUGCCAGGGGUGGGGGGUGAUUUUAAUGCCUAGCACAGAACCCCAGCAAAAGAAAGGGCUCAAAAUAAAAGUCAGUGGGGCUUUAGUUUCUGAUUCAGCCAAACUGCAAGCUCUGUUCUGUCAUGCCUUCUUGUGAUUUCUUGCCCCGGUUGUACAAAGCAGAAGGCAGAGAUUAUAUUUGACUGAGUAUUUUUGUUGCUCAUGGACUGUUGGCUCCUCUUUGACAAAGAAAACAGGUAGUGGCACACAAAUAAACAAAUUGAAACAAAGGCAAAAGGGAGACUGAUCUCUUCAGAAGGAAACCUGUGAGAAACAAGCAAGUAUUUUCUGUGUGUGGUGUGUAUGAAAUGGCUUGGGCAGGUUGGAAGAAGAACUGCCCAUCCUGCCCAGUGGGAAAAUCCAGGUAAAACCAUGAACAGGAGAGGGGAAAGAUCUGCCCUGAGAGGAAGAGGAGUCUUGAUGCCACAUAUUUAACAUUGGCCUUCCAGGCAAGACAUUUCAAAUGUUUCCGGAGGACCCAAUUUUUUUCACUUCACCUCUACAUACAGUCAGCAGCUGGGAGGAGCUUUCUGAAGCCUCCCAGGGAAGCUGUAACUGCAUUGCUUUGACUUUCAUCAUGAUUUAACACCCUGCAUGUCUCAUUUACUUUUGAAAUAUUAAACAUUAUCACUACACUUGUUCAACAACAACCUGCUGAAAUGUGCUUGAUUAUCUUAGAAAACACUGUACAAAAAUUGUUGUUCACAUAAGAUGCUUGGUUUAGAUUUUCACUACUGAGAUACACGGGCAGUUUACAGAAUAUUUGAUCACAGCUCAGAGAAACUGGCAGGUUUAUUUUUGGUUUGACACGACAGUGGGAAAAAGCUGGAGUAAAAGUGAACUUGUCAUAAACUCUUUCCACAGUGUUUGUUGGGCCACUCGAGUGCUGAGGAGUUGGGGGAAUUUGGGGGAUUUAUCCAAGUGGUUUGCUGACUUCUACAGCUCUGUUCUCGCAGUUUAACAGGAAAGCAGACCUGGGUCCAUGGCCUUAAUCUGAGAUUGCAGCUCGGAGCUACCUCUUCCACUGGCCAAAUCUGACAGCCUUGAGCUGAGCAGUGCAAGUUACAGCUGCUUUCAUCCCCUCUUCCCUCCUCACCUAAUUUUGCUAAUAAUCAGCUUAGAGACGUGGUUCCCUUGAGCUCAAAGAAGCGAGGAUAACUGACUGCAAACCCCCGUGCUUUCCAGAGAAUAACUGGACAGUUUGGGUUGGAAGGGACCCUAGAGACCAUGCAGUUCCAAACCCUGCCCCGGGCAGGGACACCUUUCCCUAGAGCAGGUUGUUCCAACGCCCUCCAACCUUGGCCGUGUAAAGGAAAGCUGAUACAGGAGAGAAGAAAAAGGUACAAACCGCCCAGUAUUUACCAGAGAAAUGGUUCUUUGCAUGCCUUUUAGCAGUGAUUGAACUGCUAACACAACAAGGUUUUCAAUUUCAAUCUGGUGUGAAUGGCUUUUGCCAUUAGACAGAACAAAAACUCCCAUCCAUUGUGUCCCUGUCCUGGCUGCACUCUCCAUUAAGCAGAGGUGAGUGUUGGGGCAUCAUCUAUGCAAAUUACCUGUGUUUGGAACUGUUUGUUUCGACUAAAAAAAAAGAAUAAAACCCGUGGAACCCGCAGAUGUGAAGUGCUGCCAGAUGGAUUCUGAGAAAUUCCAUUCUGAAGAGAGUCUAUCAAGCGACCUCUUCAAACGUUACUUUGAGGUUCUGUUUCUGUUCACACUGCCCUUGCCAGAGCCAUCCGUUUGGCAGAGUGUGAAAUCAGGUUUCUGAAGUCAUUUUUCUAUUCAGAAAUUUCCCCCAGACAGGACACUCCCACCACAGGCACAGUCCAUCCGCGUUGGAAUGCUCUGCUGAGCUUGUCCUUUUUUGUAAGGUGCAUGAGACCACACCUCAGCGAGCUUUCCAGGAGAAAACUCAAUGGAAAAUCAGCGAGGAGGGUCAGCAGGGCACGACAAUGGCAGGGCCGUUUCUAGCAUGCAGAGUGUGCUGCUGCUGCAGACAGCCCGUGCUGCAGGUUUUUACCCAGCAGCUGUGCAGCUGCAUUGCUCCUGCCCUUGGGCAGGGACAGCAAACACCCACAGGGCGUGGGAGCACUUCCCCGUGUCAGUCCCUGUCCUCCUGGCGGUGUUGUUCGGUGACUCUUUAACCAAAGCCGUGUCUGCUGGAGCUCUGUCUGGUUCUUCACAUCGCAGCUCAACCACUCUUCCUGCUCUCAGUCUGGGUUUGCUCAGCACGAAAGCAGAAAUUGCUGAUGCAGAAUUUCGUGAUGCUGUGUCCUGGUUUGUGAUCCAGAGUCCUUCCCCAGCUGUGCCACCUGAUAGUCCUGCACAUGUUGUAUUUAUGGCAAAUAUUUUUAAAGUGCACCUUUUUCUUUUUUAUUUCAUUCUGAAGUACAAUAUGUUGAUGUGCUUUAUUUUCUGUGGCCUGUUGCUCAAUGGGGAAAAAAAAUGAAUGUUAAAAGUGUGUCAGUGUCUACUUUGUAAUAUUUUCUGUGACAAAGGGAAAGAAGAGGUUGUGGAAUCCUUCUGUGUGGCAAUGGGAAACACUCUUUUCAGUGUUAAACGCUAUUAUUGAUACUGUAUUUACGGAUCAAAGUGUAAUGAAAUGGUUAAUUCCUCAUAUAGCC